AUGGCUACUGAGAACUGUACAGUUGUUACUGAGUUCAUUCUUUUAGGACUGACUGAUCGUGCUGAAUUGAAAAUGAUGCUCUUUGUUUUAUUUCUGGUGAUUUAUGCUGUUACCUUGUUAGGGAAUCUGGGCAUGAUUCUGUUAAUCCGCAUUACUCCCAAACUCCACACACCAAUGUACUUUUUCCUCAGUUGCCUAUCAUUUGUAGAUGCCUGUUAUUCAUCAGUCAUUGCACCAAAAAUGUUGAUUAGUUUCUUGGUAGUAACAGAAACCAUCUCUUUCUCUGCCUGCAUCAUGCAACAUUUAUUUUUCGGAGUGCUGGUUACCACCGAAGGCUUCUUGCUGUCAGUGAUGGCUUAUGACCGUUAUGUGGCAGUUGUUAACCCAUUGCUGUAUACUGUGUCCAUGUCUAAGCAAAAGUGUAUCAUGAUGGUCACUGGGUCAGUCAUAGGUGGAACUAUUAACUCUUUGACACACACCAUAAGUUUGAGUAAGCUGUCUUUUUGUGGACCUAAUAUAGUGGGUCACUUCUUCUGUGACAUACCAUCGCUGCUGAUACUCUCAUGUUCUGAUACCUCCAUGAAUGAAUUUCUGCUCUUGAUCUUCUCUGGAGUUAUCGCCAUUGGUACUCUCUUGAUUGUGUUCAUAUCCUAUUUACUCAUUGCUCUGGCCAUUUUGAGAAUACGCUCAGCUUCUGGACGACAAAAAGCCUUCUCCACUUGUGCUUCUCACCUGACUGCUGUCACUAUCUUCUAUGGCACCUUAAGCUUUAAUUACAUUCAGCCAAGCUCCCAGUAUUCUGUAGAACAAGAGAAGGUGGUGUCGGUGUUCUAUACACUGGUGAUUCCUAUGUUAAAUCCCAUGAUUUACAGUCUCAGGAACAAAGAGGUGAAAGAAGCUGCAAAGAGAGCCAUAGAGAUGAAGUCCUUCUCAUGUUAA